AUGCGCCUGUGGUCGCUCGACCCGGCGCUGCUCGACCGCGCAGCCCUCAUCGCGUGCUGGCGCGAAGGGCUCCUCGCGCAAAAGGUGCUCGCGGGCCUGACAAAGGGGUACACGAAGCACCCGCAGCUUGAGCGGUUCCGCAAGACGCCCGACCCGCCCGCCGCGAUAGGCCACUUCCUCGAGUCGCUCUACCUCGAGGCCGUGGCGCGCGGGUACAACUUUGACGUGGCGCGCAUCACUGUGCGUGGGCGCCCGGUGCCGCACAUCCCCCUGCACCAGGGCCAGCUCGAGUACGAGCACGACUGGCUCGUGACCAAGGUGCGCAAGCGGCAGCCUGACUGGCUCGACGUGCUCGAGGGCGCGCCGCCGCGCGCUGCUCGCUCGUUUGCCGUCGUACCCGGCGGCGUGGAGAGCUGGGAGCGCGUGCAAGAGGUGGCGGCCAAGAAGAGUGAGAAGGGCGCGAGUGAGGCCAAGGUUGGCCGCGUCAAGGCCGCGCCGGCUGCCAAGCGACCACGACCUCAAGAUCUGCUGCUGCAGCCCGAUGUUCCGCGACGCGUCACACGCGCCAGAGUCAAGCUCGAGUCGGCAUAG